UUGAAAACCGUUUCCUUUCAGACAGUAGAUUUGGUCGUGGCACCUAUUUCAAUAUCACCAGAUCGAGAGGAAGUUAUGGAUUUUACCACACCUUUUUUCUAUGAGAAGUCUGGUAUAGGUCUGAAGAUGCCAGAUCCAAACUCAACAAAAUGGAAGCGGUUAUUACAACCAUUGUCUUGGCAAGUGCUCCUGUGUUUGACAAUAUCUUUCAUGAGUGUUUCUAUGAUUUUGACCGUCAUGGAAAGAACCAAUCCUUAUUAUCAAACAAUUGGAAGUAAUAAACGAUAUUUAUCAACACAAGUUCAAGCCAAGAUUUGUUAUUUAUGGGGUGCAUUACUAUCACAUGGUGGUCAGCCCGUGACGAAAUCAACAUCUGGUCGAAUUCUUAUUGGAUGUUGGUGGAUAUUUUGUAUUAUAAUGGCAGCUACGUACAGUGGUAAUUUAAUAGCAUUUUUGACCGUCAGUAAAGACAAGCCACCUAUCUCUAGUCUGUAUCAAAUGAUUGAAGAUCACGAUUACAAAUGGGGUAUCCUUGGCGGAACUGUUUAUAUGGAUUUAUUCAAGAAUUCCAAAAGAGAAGAUUAUAAGAAGAUAUGGGAUGGAAUUGUGGAAUUUAAUAAAACUGAUCCCAGAGUUCUUAGUUUGAAUGCUGACGACCAUCUAGAUCUAGUACUGGAAGAGUCAUAUGCCUAUCUAGGAGAAUAUACACCGAUGGAACUGUGGCAAAAAGAUCACUGUGACAUAGUGACCAUCAAUGAGAAUUUCUUCCCGAUGUCAUUUGGUCUUGGAUUACCCAAUAAUUCAGCAUUUACUUUGAUAUUUACAGAGAGACUAAUGAAGAUUUAUGAAAGUGGAUUACUACAUGUGUGGAAAGAACAAUGGUGGCCUAAACCUAACUCUACAAGAUGUUCCGUUUCAUCAUAUACUCAAGUAAAAGCUGUAGAUCUUUUGUCCCUCCAAAGUGCCUUCUAUGUCAUUACUAUAGGCCUAUUCUUAUCACUUUUGUUGUUAACGAUCGAAAACCUCGCUAGUCCAAAACGGUCUGGAUUGAGUUCUUGCCUUCCUUGCAAUAGGAGAGAGAAACAUCCUUCAAUUGAAAGGGAACGGAAAUCUUUUUCUCGCACAUCCACAUCUGAGACUCUGACCGGUACAAAUUGA